CGCCCCCACAAACAGGAAACCGCGCGCCUUCAGUGAUUGAGUGUGGGGAUCGACGUGUUGGGUGGGAGAGCCAGCGGCAUAGAGCUCCUAUUGUUUUUUCUGUUCUGCGAUCUCAAAACAGGGGAAUAAAUAUAUAUAAUUAUAUCAUCAACUCGGACUGAAGUGCAAAGAGUUGACCUUUGGCGAGAAACAAAAGUGACUUAAUUCCUUCGGUCAGGGAUAUCCUACAUCUGGGGAUAUAAGGGCGUGUUUGGCUCCCCAUUCCCUUUCUGCCCUUGCAUGUCCGCACCGUAGCCUGCCUGCAUCUCCCGAUCCUUCACUUCCAAGCCGCCUAGAGCAUCCGUUUUAAGGAUGGGGUGCACCCUGAGUACGGAGGACAAAGCCGCGGUGGAGCGCAGCAAGAUGAUCGACAGGAACCUGCGGGACGACGGCGAGAAAGCCGCAAGAGAAGUCAAGCUCUUACUUCUAGGGGCUGGUGAGUCGGGGAAGAGUACCAUUGUCAAGCAGAUGAAGAUCAUCCACGAAGCAGGCUACUCGGAAGAGGAGUGUAAGCAGUACAAAGCUGUGGUCUACAGCAACACCAUCCAGUCCAUCGUGGCCAUUAUCCGAGCUAUGGGCCGUCUCAAGAUUGACUUUGGGGAUCCGGCCCGGGUGGAUGACGCCAGGCAGCUCUUCGUGCUGGCGGGUUCAGCGGAGGAGGGUUUCAUGACGGCCGAGUUGGCAGGAGUCAUCCGACGUCUCUGGAGGGAUGGCGGGGUCCAGGCCUGCUUUAGUCGCUCGCGGGAAUAUCAGCUGAAUGACUCCGCUGCAUAUUACCUGAACGACUUGGACAGGAUAUCGCAGAAUGCCUAUAUUCCUACUCAGCAGGAUGUGCUGCGGACCCGGGUGAAGACCACAGGCAUCGUGGAAACACACUUCACCUUCAAAGACCUCCACUUCAAAAUGUUCGACGUCGGGGGCCAGAGGUCAGAGAGGAAAAAGUGGAUCCAUUGCUUCGAGGGUGUGACGGCCAUCAUCUUCUGUGUGGCGCUAAGUGACUAUGACCUGGUCCUGGCUGAGGAUGAGGAGAUGAACCGGAUGCACGAAAGCAUGAAGCUGUUUGACAGCAUCUGCAACAACAAGUGGUUCACAGACACCUCCAUCAUCCUGUUCCUCAACAAGAAGGACCUGUUUGAGGAGAAGAUCAAAAAGAGUCCAUUGACCAUCUGUUAUCCAGAGUAUGCAGGCUCCAACACGUACGAGGGAGCCGCCGCCUACAUCCAGUGCCAGUUUGAAGACCUGAACAAGAGGAAGGACACCAAGGAGAUCUACACCCACUUCACCUGCGCCACCGACACCAAGAACGUGCAGUUUGUCUUCGACGCCGUAACCGACGUCAUCAUCAAGAACAACCUGAAGGACUGCGGCCUGUUCUAGAGCAGCCUCCUCUGGUGGAGGUAUCACACAGAUUAUGGCUGCGUUACGGUCCGCUUGCGCUCUGGUAGUGGCAAAUAUGCUGCGGUAUGGUGGCUGAUUGUACAUCCUUACGGAGCACGUGUAUCUUUUCACCAUCAUAAGAAUGUUAAAAAUUGAUCAGUACUUUAAUGCAACGGUGGAUGGACUCAUCCAAAAAAAUUCCAUGUCAUUGUCAAAUAUAAAUUUUUUUCUGAUGUACUCAUUAUAUUCAUAUAAUGUUUCUUUGUUGUGGACUGAAGAAGUAGAAGUUACCAUGUGACUAGCUGACAUCCUAUCUGUGGCUGGCUUCUGCGAGGUCACCGGUGCAUUGAAGUUGGGUUUGUGUUCAUGCAGGGGCAGAUGAGGAGGAAUCCAUGGGUGUUUCUCAGUAACGAGAAAGCAAAGAUUGUACUUGUGGUCUUGGAAAGACUGGUCUUGGUAACUGGCCUCCCAAAAACGAACUUGGGGUACAAUGAGUCAUGGGGUCGGUCUUCUUUGGCGAGGAUGUAACUGAUGUAUCCUUGAUGUUUGAGACAGAUUUUUUACCGUCCUCUGUACUUCUGUUCUUGAGUAUUGGGACUGGUCUACAGGCAAUGGAAGAUGGUGUAAAAUGGACACACAAGAACACAAGUACGGUCAAGUAUGCAUAUUGAAAGGGGGAAAGGCAAAUGGGGUGAAACCCACCAAUCACAGGCUAGCACUGUAUUCUCAGUCAGUCUUAAUGACUUUGUUUCAGUGUGGGUUGGUUUUAACUUGUGUAAGAUGUUCGUGUAAAUCUUGUAACCACCCCCCCCCCAUAAAUGUGUUUCUUUUGUAUUUUAAUUUAGUUCUCUUUGUCUGGUCUUGUAAUCUGGCAGCUUGGCUUUGGUGGAAAUGCCAUUUCUCCCGCAUUAGGGAAAAUGGGUCCUUUGUGGACCAAGUGAAUUGGUAUUUGUGCCUUUGCAUGCGUGACCCCC